AUGAGGUGUCUGCUCGCCAUUGGCAUUGGUAGCCUCUUCUUGAGCCCAGUGCUUGGACGAGCCGCAAACGGCAAGCUUGCAUCCUCUCGUAACAUUCCAAGCACUGACGAAGUCGUCACUGCCAGCCACACACCUCUAUUGUUCUUGCCUGAUCGGCCCCAAAGCGCGAGUCUACUGCUGGUACAGCAGCCAAGUGUUUCAUGCGAGGAUCGCAGACCCCAGACCCUCCACUUGUUCGACUGCAAUGGCGACGCGAUCACGACAUACAUUCGCUCCAAUGGCCAGGAAAUGACAACGAGGAAGUUUGUCCGCCGCGCAGUGGAUCGCAGCAGCUCGCACACCGUCUACCGUCUAAUGGACAUGCAGCAAGCAGGGUCGAUCGAAGAAAAGUUCGAAAACUUAUGCCAGAAGAGGGUGGACAUUUUGCAGGGAAACUUAAACAUGUUCCAAGAAUUAGCUCAAGGAGAUGAAGUAACCUCGUCGUGCCUCGGCUUAUUACGAGAACAGUGCAGGACGCUCGAACUACACAUCAGAAAAGCUCAAAAACAAUGCAACAAGUAUCUUCAGGACACGGAAGAAGCUCAGCGCAAGAGUCAUUCCAGACGCAAAACCGAGGCGUCGUCUUCGAGGCAACAUUUUGCCAAAAGAGACGGCAAUGACCUGCGUGCACGGGCGCCACGAGACGGCUGGUAUAAAGAUAACCAAAAGGCCUUGGAGCGCAUUGAAAGUUUGAAGAGGUCUCUGGAAAGCAUGAUUAAAGGUCGUGAUGAAAGAGGUUUGGCUGUUGACGAAAUGGUGAAGAAAAGCAUCGACAAUAUUACCAAUCGCUACAGGGAGCAAGUGACGUUCCUGAAACAAAUGAAAAAGAUAGUCGAGCGGAACAUCAACAGUAGCUAUCUGCUGGGUGGCCUUGUCGAACACGUUCGCAGAGAGGCCAAUGCCAUCAAAGGCGCCCUGGAGGACGCCCAGAGACAAUUCGGAGCGCAUUGUCAGAAGUUCAACAUCGCUGAGUGCGGCGAAGAAAAGGGACGUCUUGCGUACUAA